ACAGUUGUUCAUUCCAUCAUGGAAAGUAUAGUUGUUAUAACUUGUGCCAUAUUUGUUUUACUUCAUCAAGCCACGUUAGCAAAUGCACUUCAUACGCAAUGCCACCAGAAUUACGAGGUUAUUGACCAGGUGUGGCGCAGCACAGCGUACGAACGAAAAGCAGGGGAAACAUCAAGAUGCGAUCGUACAUUCAUAAAGAAUGAUCAAUGGUACCGAUUCAAAAGCAUCGUUGGUAAUGAAAUUCCAACGACUAAACCAGGUUAUAGAAAAUGUGGAACAGAUGCGCCGAUUUGGAUUGAUGGAAAACAUCCUACGAUUGAUGAAGGCAUAAUAAGUGUAAAGGCCUGUGCGAAUAUACGGCGCAUCAGACCUUUUGGUUGUGGAACGCAUUACACGCUAAGAGUAGUGAACUGCGGUGAUUUUUAUCUUUAUCGUUUAAAGAGACCUUGGCAAUGUAAUUUGGCAUAUUGUGCAGGAUCCAAAAUACCAGUUGCUUGUUCUGUGUCUGGAGACAAGCUUCCAGUCUGUGCAGGUAUUGCCCCAAAAUUUACCAUACCACAAGCAAACGUAUACCCAGAAAAUGCUGAAUACGUUAAACUAUUGUGCUCAUGGGAUCAUAGCGCCGAUGGAUCCUUGUUAGAGUUUGAAGCCCGAUGGAUUGGAGACAAAGAUGACAAAUUAAGACGAAUACGUAAAAAAUUCAGUGGAACAGAACCAAGACAGUUUUUUUACGAGCAUGAAUUUGCAGGAAAAGGAGAAGAUGAAGAUCCUGACGUUAAAAACUAUGCAUUCAAUAAAAUGGUUUAUUGUGAAGUCAGGUCAAGAUAUCUUUUGAAGUCAGGUCAAGAAGUCGGAGAUUGGUCACUAUGGAAGCAAAGUCGUAGAAUUUAUACAGGGAUUACAGUUUUUCCAAGUGUUUUCAAUUUGGAUGAAUGCGGUAACAAACAAAAGAAAAGUAUUUUAUUGACCUUGACUCCCGAGCUCCCCAUUCGUGUAAAACCGUUUUUAGUUGAUACUGACGUAUCAAAGCAAAAUGAAGGCGAUAGAGUAUGUUUAAGUGGUAGCGAAACCCAUGAUAUUUGUCGAAUUACGUUUACUGAAAACCACAACCAGUCAUCACCAUUGAAAAUAUUGUUGCAAGCAUCGUGUUCACAGUUUACUGCUGCAAAUGGUUUUAAAACUCAGGAACUAAAUUUACGUCCUUUAACAGACAGUAACAUGUUUUGGAGUUCUUAUCAAUUUUUGCCUAUCGUGAUAACUGUGGCGAAAAGUACCAAAAAGACGUGUAAAUCAGUUACAGAUCCUCAUUUUACAUCAUUUGACGGAAAGUAUUUUGACUUCCAAGAAGUCGGAACGUUCCUCUUAUAUGAAAACGAACAUAUAGGAACUCGGAUUGAAUCAAGGCAAAAAUCAUGCGGAAGCAGCUUGUCCGCAAGUUGUAACUGUGGAAUAGCCAUAAAAGAAGGACAGUUUUACAAGAUAUUUGACAUGUGUCAAGUUAAUGCUAAUGAUGUCAAGGAAUGGUGGACAAAUCCUCAAAACUUGGUCAUUCGCAGGAAAUGUCUCAGAGACUCCCCGAUAAAUGGAUUUAUAACUGAAAAAACGGAAGAUGGAACGACGACAACUUAUAAGAUAUAUCUUCCAUCCGGAGUGCAAGUGAAGAUAGAGCGUAGAUACUGGGGCUUAAGUACAUACAUCACAGCACCCAGUCCAUUUGAUAAAAGUAAGAAAGAUCCUAAACAUCGUAGUAAAGGCUUAUGUGGGAACUACAAUGGAGAUCCUAACGACGAUUUUGAUGGAGACCUUGCAAGAUUUACCAAUAAGCACAGAGUUCCUGAUGCGUCCACCAUUUUUAAAUAUAAAGGCGACAAAACGCUAGAAGAAAUACGAUUGGAAAAUUGUAAACAAACAACGAUUUGUAGUUGUGAAAAAACUAAAUCUUACUGUGGAGUCGAAGGGAUUAAUAAAUGUUUUCCUUCAGAGAAUGGGAACGACCAUACAAAUAUAGACCAAGGUUUGUGUGGGUCUCGGAAUAAAAGAGAUGCAACAAGAGAUGAUGAUAUCGAUGAUGAUGAUGAUGAAAUUCCACAAUUCAACCCACCUCAAUUAAAUAUCACGCGAAGGAUCCCAACAUGGCCAACACCAAAUGGCCUCACUAAAAACAAAGUGACAGAAAUAUGCAACAAUAAAAUCCGUUUUUCCAAUGCUGGAGAGAGCUGUGGUAAUAUUACAGGCGUAAAUAUUGAUGAUCUAGUUGGUCAGUGUAUCUUAGAUAUCCAGGCAACUGACAACAUAGAAUGGGCUACAGACAACUUUGCUGCCAUGCAAGAAACAUGCAAAAAGAGCAUUUACAAAAACGCAUCCUUCUAUGAGAACAGUACGGAUGGAGAGUUAAAAUUAAAUACGAAAUUUAUAGCUUCACUUUGCCCAAAUGAUUGUUCCAAUCACGGAAAUUGCUCAAAUGCCACAUGUACUUGUGAUGAAUAUUACACAGCAAGCGACUGCUCCAUUUCUCUCCGUGAUCGACCUUACGUUGCAGGUAUACGAAAAGAUGGUUUGUGCGAUGUGAGGAGAAGACCUUGUAGAAAUGUUGGCAUAUAUGGAUUUCCAUUUUUGGAUUCAGCAAAUUUAACAUGCCACGUUCAGGAAUUCAAGGUCAUCGAUUCUCCAUGGAUACCAAAUGAAGCUAUAACUCUUUAUCGGGCAAGUUUGAUGGAUUUUACGGAAGUGAAGUGCUUCCUUCCUGAAUCACCUGUGAACAUUGGUGUGUACGACGAGAUUGGAAUUACUGCUGCUGGCUUAAAAAUUGCUGUCUCAAAUAACGGUGUAAAUGCAUUUGAGAAUUCUAUGACAUUCAUCUCCUACGACUCUGUUUGCCAGGAAUGUAAUGUGACAAAAGGUUGUAGCUUCAAGUCAGAUGCUUGUGUUAUUUCUGGUCACUGCUAUGCACAAAAUGAAAGUCAUCCUUUCAACUGGUGUUUGCAAUGUCUUCCUGAUCUCUCGACAACGUCCUGGCUCCCAAGAAGAGGUAAUCAAAGACCAUACUUCAUUACCUCGUCUGUUUUUUAUGCUUUCCGGGGAAAAGCAUUGAAAGUUCAACUCCGCGCUUUUGACCCAGAAAAUCGUGAUAUUCGCUACAGCUUUGGCAAAAAUGAGAUCACUGGAGCAUCCUUAACGGAAAGAGGCGUUUUUACUUGGCCCCGGGUCACGACAAAUGCAUCGUUAUUUGUCUUUAACGUGACGGAUGAAUGCGGUAAAUACUCGUUGCUAAAUGCAAAUGUUAUUAUAAAAGAAUGUCCAUGCAAAAAUUCCGGGGAUUGUGUGCCUGACGAACAAGAUCUUGAAGGGAAAGGAAAGUUUACAUGCCUAUGUUCAAGUCAAUACACCGGAUCUUUAUGCAAGGAGGAUGCAAACGAAUGUGUUGUGUCUAAACCUUGCGGAAAUGGUAGUUGCGUCAAUCAACAACCAGGAUUUUUGUGUUCUUGUUUCUCAGGAUACACAGGCAAUCUCUGUGAAACAGAGAUUGAUGAAUGUGUAUCUAACCCAUGUUUUCCUGGAGUCUCAUGUACAAACACCAUUGGUUCAUUCAUUUGCGGAUCGUGUCCUUUAGGAUACAGUGGUAAUGGCACAACAUGCCAACGAAUGGAUGGCAAAGUGGACGAGUGUCUUCAAAAUUCUAACAUUUGUCAUGCGAAUGCGAAUUGCUCCUAUAGCAACGGAUCAUACACUUGCCAUUGUAUAAAUGGCUACAUGGGCGACGGGAAAAACUGCACUGAUAUUGAUGAAUGCAUGAUGAAUCAAAAUAUUUGUGUCAGCAAUGCCAAUUGCACAAACACACUGGGAAGUUACUCUUGUCAAUGUAUCCCUGGAUAUUCUGGGAAUGGUACACUUAACUGCUCAGACAUCAACGAAUGUAAAAAAAUACCAUCAGUUUGUCAUGAUAAUGCAACUUGUGUGAAUCACGAAGGAUACUACAUGUGUAGAUGUAACAAUGGAUAUUCCGGAGAUGGAAAGAAUUGUACUGAUGUUAACGAGUGUGAAAAAACGCCAUCAGUUUGUCAUCAAAACGCAACUUGUGUGAAUCACGAAGGAUACUACAUGUGUAGCUGUAAUAAUGGAUAUUCUGGAAAUGGAAAGAAUUGUACUGGCAUUAUUGAUAAGAAUGAGCGUCGAAAAUAUGUCAGAUGCUCUAAGAAUGAAGACAUUAUUUGUGUCAAGCGAACUUUCGCACAAUGCAAACAUGCUGCAGUUAUAUACCAAUGUCCAAGAUUAUGUAAAGUUUGUGGUAUGAAGCCCUGAGACGAUUCAGAGCCUGUUGGAUGUGCUGUAGAAGACAACCUAAAGUGGAGGAAUUUUUUUUACGUAUGUUGACUGUAUUCGAUGAAUGGUAUAAUUUCACAAACUUGUAGUUAUCAGCUCUUAGAAUUUAUAUUGUGUAAGAGUUAUUUAAGAAGAAGAAUUUACUUACUGCAUCAGA